UAUGAGAAUUCUUUGGAUCUACUCAAAGAAAAGCUUUAUAAGUAGAUCCAAUGAAAAGCAUAUUACAACAGAGGUGAAUUUCUAAUUCAGCUCUAGUAAUGAUUAUUAUAAUAUUAGGGUCUCUAUGUGGAUUUUGGCAGAAGAGGGUAGAAAUUCCUUCAAAAAUAGAAAUGCAUGAAAUAACAAAGAUAAAAGUAAUAUAUUGAAAAUAGGUUGUAUUUUUGUUUUCAUAAAAAUAAAGACAAUAGCCAGGAUUAAACAGCUGUGUUAGACCUUUUUCUUAUUUUAUUAUUUAUUUACUGUAUGAAGGACCAAUUUUGAUUAAAUGA